UUUUCAAACAGCAACACCAGAGAGCAACUCAGCACAGCCUAACCGUCUGAGUAACAAGUACAAUUAUUAGGACAAGACACUAAGUGGUGUCCACUGCACGGGAAACUCAUUUCCGAAAAUUCAUUUUCGUGAUUAAGAAUACUGAAUUUGAAGUAAAGGAAAUACGGACCCCAGUAAACACCAGUGCGAUCAGGAGCUGGGAAGAGUUAACAUCGCCUACCAUUGGUCACAUGUUCCGUGAACUCUAUAUUUCAAUCAGGUCGUUGAUUUAUGGAUGAAUCAUGAACUCGGAUCUCCUGAUGUAGUAGAGUGUGAUCGGAACCACUGAGCCAAUAUCAACCAAAUUUGGCACAAAACAUCCUUGGAUGAAGGGGAUUCAAGUUUAUUCAAAUGAAGGACAACACCCUUCUCCAAGGGGAGUAAUAGCGAAAUAGUGAAAAUACAUUAACAACUUUUAAAAAUCUUCUUCUACAGAACCACAGGGGGCAAUUUCAACCAAACUUGGCACAAAGCAUCCUUGGGUAAAGGGGAUUUAAGUUUGUUCAAAUGAAGGGCUGUGCCGCCUUCUAAGGGGAAAUAAUCACAAAAAAAUGCAAAAAUAGAGUGGGUCAUUUAAAAAUCUUCUUUUCUAGAACCACUACAUGAAAGCUUCCUGACAUAUUGCAGAUCCAAGUUUGUUAAAACCAUGACCCCCGGGGGUAGGUUGGGGCCACAAUAGGGGAUCAAAGUUUUACAUGCGAAUAUAAAGGUAAAAUCUUUUAAAAUCUUCUCAAGAACCACUGUGCCAGGAAAGUACAAAUUUACAUGAAAACUUCCUUGACAUAGUGCAGAUUCAAAUUUAUUAAAAUUAUGGCCCCUGUGGGUAGGAUAGGGCCACAAUAGGGGAUCAAAAUUUUACAUACAAAUAUUUCGAGAAUAUCUUUUAGAAAUCUUCCUCUCAAGAUCCUCUGUGGCAGAAAAGUACAAAUUUACAUGAAAGCUUCCUGACAUGCAAUGUAGUGCAAAUUCAAGUUUGUUACAAUCAUGGCCCCCAGGGGUAGGAAGGGGCCACAAUAGGGAAACAAUAUACACAAAUAUAUAGGAAAAAUGUUUAAAAAUCUUCGUAAGAACCACGGGGCCAGAAAAGUUUACAUUUUCAUGUAAGUUUCCUGACAUAGUGCAGAUUCAAGUAUCUUAAAAUCAUAGCCCCCAGGGGAUAGGGUUUCACCACAAUAGAGGAUCCAAAUUUUACAUAUAAAUAUAUAGGGAAAAUCUUUAAAAAUCUUCUUCUGAAAAACCACUGCACCAGAAAAGUUUACAUUUAAAUUACAUGAAAUUUUCCUGACAUAUAUAUAGUGCAGAUUCAAGUUUGUUAAAAGUAUGCCACCCAAGGGAAGGGUGGGCCACAUUAAGAGAUCAAAGUUUUACAUACAAAUAUAUCGGGGAAAAUCUUCUUCUCAAGAACAAUUGGGCCAAAGAAUUUUACAUUACAUGAAAGCUUCCUGACAAAGUGGAGAUUCAAGAUUGUAAAAAUCAUAGCCCCUUGGGGUACUAAGUUGGGGCCACAAUAGGGAAUUAAAGUUUUACAUGCGAAUAUAUAAGGAAAAUCUUUAAAUAUAGGCCAAGGUAACUUGGGUGAGCAAUGUGGCCCAUGGGCCUUUUGUUUAUGCUUUGAAAUGUUACAAAAAACAUGUUUUUGACAGGAUGUGUUGUUGAUGUCAUUAUCUGUUUGUCACAGGGGAAGUUAUGAAGCACGCACAAAAGGAAUUUGCAUCAGCUCCCAAAAAAACCUACCAAAAUGAUAGCCACACUCCGGAUAUACUUCCCAUUGAUUUUUGGACUUUUCAAUGCUUUUUCUUGGAAAGGUAUAUAUGCUUCAUCAUUCCUGCACAAAGACGGAUCUGAGCAGACAAACAAAGAGACAACAGAUGAUGAUCCCAAGGCAUCAAGAGAUGAGAAACAAGUAGAUGUUUCUUCAGAUAAUGAUAAUGCAGCCACAUUGAUAGCAGAACAUGGUGACAUCCAGAGACUCAUACACCCAGAAGGCAAUAAUGUUACAGGUGUGGAUGAUGAGAGAGACAGUGGGUAUGUUGAGGAUGAGGAACUAGAUUUCUGUUUUGUGGAUCUAUCUGACAGCGAGGAUGAUUUAGAUUUGGUCUUAGAGGAUUCAGAUUGCUAUGUUCGAUUUAAUGUGGAGUCACAAACUGAGACGGAGGAUUCGUACAGACGAACCGGCAGACGACACCUGGACAGUUUUGUAGUCAUUGAAUCGGAGAAUGGGGAGAUAAUGAUUUCUCAUGAGAAGCACAUCCAGUCAGGGUCUUCAAUGUAUCCUGAGAGACAAGCAGAUAGAUUAAGCCUAAAGCAGCCUAUCCACACAAACAUGAUGAACAGUGUCGACCAGGAGAGAAAGAGAAAGGUGUUUUGUGAUUUUGAAUCAAACAGUUUCGAUAGCUAUUUGAAUUCUGGUUAUCUUGACUCAAGUCUUCAGUCUUCAGAGUUUCAGAAAGACUUUGAUUCUCACAAUCCAUUGCAUGUUUCUGAGCAAGUUGUAUGCUGGGAAGAUGGAAUUAACACUAGAAAUGUGGAUACAGAAUUGGUCAAUGUAAAUCGUACUGUUGAAAAUAUUACUGAAAAUUUUAAUGCAAACUUACAGGAAGAAAAAUUGAAGGUUUCAAGUGAAAAGAGAAAAGGCAACAUUAACUUUGCAGAGAAAAUGUCUGACUUUGUGGAAAAUGAACAUGAGCCAUUGCUAGGUGUUAUGCUCUGUGCUUUGUUUCUGAAUCUAUGUGUAAUAGCUGCAGUCUUUACACAAUCUGGAUUUGAACUUGUCAAAUAUGCAGAAAGUACCAACAAACAAAAGAAAAAAGCAAAUAAAAAACAUAAGAUGUUACAAACAUCCAGACGAGAAAAACGAAAGAAGAAACAAAUUCUGCGAGAUAUAAUUAAUUGGCAGAUUAGUCUUAGAAGAAACACGACAGUUAUGUAUGAUUACCAUAGUAUUACUUCAAAUUGUGGACGUAUCUAUCCCUCAACUUCACCUGGACCGACAGCUCUACAGCAAAUAGCCAAUGAGACGGGCAUCGACGAAGUGGGCGAGGGUGUCGUUCAGAAUUCACGUGCGGAGGUAAAUCCACAAAAUCAAACACGGAUGAAUGGAUUCUCUGAACUGAAUCGUGCAACGGAUCCUAGAAAUGGAAAUUUACCAGGUAGAUAUGAAGGUAGAAAUCUAGAGGCCAGUAGAUUUUAUUCCAAUCCAGUGAUGGGGGCCGAAAGACCAACAGACUGUAAUCCCUUGUCUACAUCCAUGCCUGCACAACUCCAUAGCGACAACAUCCAGACUUCCAAUGGUGCCAUUAUAAAGACCCUGCCAGUGAUAGCAGAAGGGGAGAAUACACAGUCUCUCCCCAAGGACAACACAUCUGUCCAAGCAACAGAAGAGAAAGUAUCCCAUGUAGCAGCCUUGGAGAGGAGGAACACAGAUACUAGCCCCUUCUCUCUGGCCCCAGAAUUAGACGGCACGUCACUGACAUCGACAGAGACCCUCAGCGACCUCUUCAGCAGCCUUUCACUGUCGUCUGUAGAGGAAGACGAGACCUUCCGUUACGAGUGGAUCAGACUGAAGACGUUCUCUGAAUGGCCACUGACCUCCCUUUUCUCCACCGUGCUUGCCCGGGAUGGUUGGGUGUCCCUGGGGGAGGGUGAUAGAGCCCGGUGUUACAGCUGUCACAUUGUACGCGAUGGAUGGAGAAGUGGAGAUAACCCUGUACAUUACCACGACCAGAACUGCAGAUUUCAUGGUGCUUCCUCUGAUAACAUUCCCAUUGUGCGCGAGACUCCGGACCCAGUCACCCAGAGAACAAUGAUGAGAGACCUUGAGAGAGUUCAGCAGACGACAGAUUUCAGAGCUCCAGGAAAUGCAGAGACAACCGCCACCAACAUAGCCCCACAGAGAUCCCAGGCCAGCGAGGCUGGAAGUUCCACCAUUAAUCUGAUAUCGCAGGAAAACAUCCAAAACAGACCUCAGGUCAGCGGCACCAGAAAUUCCACCAUUAAUCUGAUGUCGCAGGAUAACGUCCAAAACAGACCUCAAGAAAUGAGGGGUAUUGUCAUGGCGACAAAUACCACAGCCAGUUCUGAGAUAUCAGGGAGACCACCACUUAAUAAUCAAGUAGCUGCCAACAGAAAUGAUACAACCUCCCCCGAUCAGCUGGCCUACACCACAGCCGGUGCCCCUCCCAGCCCCUCCAGCAAGGAGGCUCAGUUAGAAGCCCUCAAAAGGGACCCCAUGGGGAUCAAUUUUGAACGUCCCAAAUACCCGUCCUACGCCAUUCUGGCUGUUCGGAUCAGUUCCUAUACUGAUUGGCCGGCAGCCAUGACGCAGACACCACGUGACAUGUCUCUGGCUGGGUUCUUCUAUGCUGGUUACGGAGACUACACUCGCUGUUUCUUCUGUGGAGGGGGACUGAGAAACUGGGAAGCAGGUGACGAUCCGUGGGUUGAACAUGCAAGGUGGUUCAGCAAGUGUGCAUUUGUUCGUCAGAAUCGUGGCCAGCAGUUCAUUGACCUGGUUCUCAAACGAGCAGCAGAAGUGGAGGAACAAAGACAACUAGAAGAGACUGGAGAGACACAGACAAACAUACAGACAGGUGACCCUGCCACGACUCAGACUAAAGAAGACAAGAUCAUGAAAUCUGCCGCUGUAAGAAGCAUCAAAGACAUGGGAUAUGAUGACGAGACCAUUAAGGCUGCCAUCAGCACCAUCAAGAGCAGGCUUCCUAGAGGAAAGCACAAAGUCUCGGCUCAGGAAAUCUUGGAGGUCAUAUUUGAGAUGUCAGACAGUCGCAGAGCUACAGAAACCUCAAACAACCAAUCCUCUGGCCUUGUUGACCAAUCAGAGACAGUCAAUGAGAGGGCUUCAAGUAAUCCCAACCAAUCAGAUACUGCCACUGAGAGGAUCAACCAAUCAGAUACUACCACUGAGAGGAUCAACCAAUCAACAAAUGAGGAAGCUGCAUUUAGAGAGGCUUCUAACACAGGUGACUGCAAUUUAGAGGAAGCAGCAACAAACUCGCUGCCCAACCCGACCUUUGAUGAGCUGACUUCUCUACGACACGAGAACACGAGUCUGAAGGACCAGAUCCUGUGUAAGAUCUGUAUGGAGAAGAAUGUGUCCAUAGCCUUCCUGCCCUGUGGUCAUCUGGCCUGCUGUGUGGACUGUGCUCCGGCCAUGAGAAAAUGUCCGAUAUGUAGGGAGUUUGUUAGGGGCACUGUCAAAACCUUUCUCGUGUAGAGAUUUUUACCACAGUUAGACAUGUGGGACAGAUUUUGUAGGACAGGUCUAGUUCCCACUCAUUUAUUGCAAUUCUUUGAAAAUUAUUCCUGAAGUUAAUAAGUGUACAUGUCUUACAAUUUUUUUUUAUUAGUUUAUUCUAUAGAAUGGUAAAAACAUUGAAAAUGAAGCCACCCCUUCCUUACAUCAGAUUGAGACACAUUCAUUAGAGAGUCUCCCAACUCCCAGUCUGUUCCAGUUAGUUUUGUUUUGUUUCAUUAAGUUCCCUUUAUUGUCCCAUACUCUAAUACUGUUUUUGACGAAUCCUGCAGCAGGUUUACACAAAUCUUACAUAGAGCUGGUAUGAUAGACUUGAGAUCUGUUCAGUUGACUACACAGGAGUUUUUAUAAACAACAAUAUGACUGAAGGAAUGAAAUAGAGGAUUAUAUUUAAGAGGAAAAUGUAAUCUUGAUCAAAGUGCCACAUUACCAGAUAUUAUAUGAUUCUUAGUUAUUACACGUAAUAUGUUGGACUCAGAGCUAAUUAUAUAUAUACAGGUACAUAUAUUUAUUAUACGAUUCAUAGUUGUUUACAUGUAAUAUCUUGGACUCGGAGCUAUUUAUAUGUAUAUAUAUAUAUAUAUAUAUUAUAUACGAUUCUUAGUUGUUUACACAUAAUAUCUUGGACUGUGAGCUAAAUCUAAUCAUCAUUUAGACUUGAUCGAGUGGAAUGGACAAUGACAAGAUUUGAGACGAUCAGUAAAUUUUUCCGUAUAAGAAUCAUAAUUUUUAAACUAGCGUUCAGGCAAAUGGUAGAAUCUUGUAUGUGUUGUUAUAAAGAAAAUCGCUGUUGAAGUGGUGGCGGAAUUAAGGAAUGAUUUUUGAUAUUUUUUAUUUCUGAAACAUUGAGGAAUUGACUGAAAAUUGGACAGAAAACUGUAUCAUUUUAUGGAGCAUGUUUUUAGUCCAGGAUUUUGUUCGCUCAAUGGAAAAGAAGUUGGAGAUAUUUUGAUUUAGUUCCCUUGAUUGAUUUGUAAAGCUGUAAAUGAUGCAUUAUAGAGAAGAAACGUCUCCUGCUACACCCUACGAUGUAGCCCUACAGUCUUGAAAACGUGAUGUGACGUUACAAACUUCGAAACCUGUGUUUCAAAUUCUAGCUCGGUGUCGGAGGACAUUUCCCGAUUGAUGCAAAUAUCGGUAGAGAAUUGUCAACCAGUCAGAACUGCUGUAUCAUCGUUAAUCUAUCGGUCAUUGUAUGAUUGUAUAGUAUAUAAGGAUGAGUCAUGAGCAGAGUAGAAUACGUGGGCAGUUUGGGAUUGUGAGAAGUGGGUCUGGUUAGUUUAAGCAAUUCAUUGUUAGUCCACGAAGUAGGGUGAAUCAAAUCUCAAUUAGUUCAAGAUACAUCAAAAUACAAAUACUUCUAUUAUAAUUCAUUUUGAAUUCUGAGUGUAUAGUGAUAUACAAUUACAUUGUAUGUUGAAGAAAAAUUGUGGUUUUUUUUAGUAAAAACUUUUGUUAGAUGGGGACCCUGAGUGGUUAUGUGGGGGAUAGAACUUUGGGAUCGCUGGAUGAUGGAGUGUUUGGUGUAUCCGCUAAAUCCCCUGGCUUUUCUUUUCCAUUGGGGUGUUCUACUUUGUAAAUGCUGUUUUUAUGAAGAAAUUCCACCUGGCAAAUAAUGCUAUCAUUCUGUUUUAAUUUUUUGCUAUUUUCAUGUGUAGUUGGUGAAUAUUUUUCUGUUUAUACAAUAUCAAUUACAGCAGUUUUCUUGAUGUGAAGUGAUAAUUGUGAGCUGUAGAUGUUAUGUGCAUGUAUUUUGGUCUUGGAUUUGUCUCCCUUAGUACAUUUGAUUAUGAAUUGUCUUUUUAAAUACCUUAAUGUUAUCAUUGUAUUGUCUAUUUUUUAUGGUUUUAUUUAUGGUGUGGAUAUUUUCAUGACAUCACAGAGAAACAUAUAUUAGGGAAAAAGCAGAAUCUGAGUAUAAUGAAGUCGCAUGUAAAUACAACAGGUCAAUCUGAAUAUAAUGAAGUCGCAUGUAAAUACAACAGGUCAAUCUGAAUAUAAUAGUCACAUGUGAAUACAACAGGUCAAUCUGAAUAUAAUGAAGUCACAUGUAAAUACAACAGGUCAAUCUGAAUAUAAUAGUCACAUGCAAAUACAACAGGUCAAUCUGAAUAUAAUAGUCACAUGUAAAUACAACAGGUCAAUCUGAAUAUAAUAGUCACAUGUAAAUACAACAGGUCAAUCUGAAUAUAAUGAAGUCGCAUGUAAAUACAACAGGUCAAUCUGAAUAUAAUGAAGUCACAUGUGAAUACAACAGGUCAAUCUGAAUAUAAUGAAGUCGCAUGUAAAUACAACAGGUCAAUCUGAAUAUAAUAGUCACAUGUAAAUACAACAUGUUAAUAGAAAAUUAAAACAUAAAUAUGUUUGUUUAAAUUCACCAGUGUUUUGUCGUUAUGUUUAUAUGCUCAUUACGGAAACUCACAACUUACUCGUGCAGAAGCUCACUGUCUAAUGGCUUAUUAUUGGACGAUUAUAAGUAUGUACCGGUAUUUGUUUUACCAUGUACUUGUAGACGUAAGGAAUUGAAGUCGACAUUUUUUAUAUGAUGAGAUAUACAUGUACACAGAAUUUAGAAAUAUAGGAGAAAAUGUCUGUUUCAUCAGGAAACGGGGACACUUUGAUUAGAUAACCGUAAUCACUUAUGAUGGGUGUUGCUCUACCUUUUUACGACAGCUGAUACUGAAGGAAUCAAUGCUGAGCUACUACUGUCCGUAUAACACAACCAAUAUAAAUGUAAUGUUAAAUUGUAUUAAUUUAUAUACACUGUACAGUGAAGAUACACGUAAGCAAAGUUAUGUAGUUGUAAAAGUCAUCAAUAUAUGUAGUAACAUAGUAGUUUAAUACGUGUAACUUGUUGUUUUAGUAAUACCCAUAUACUGUGUAGAGUGAUAAUUAUCACUUUUUUGAUGUGUAUUACAUAUUUCAUUGACAGCUGAUAUUGAAGGAAUCAAUGCAGAGACACUGUACAUAUAGUACAACCAAUGUAAACGUGGGAUAACAAUUCUAUAUUGUAAUAUACACUGUAAAAAAAAAGUAAGUCAUCAAUAGAUGUAUAUAGUUGAUUAUAACCAAUAUCACUUUUGAUGUGUAAUAUGUAUGUUAUACUGACAAUUCAAUGCAGAGCUAUACUGUAGAUAAACAAACACAUGAACUUUACUGUCAUCAAUAGAUGUUCGGAAUGAAUACAUGUUACACAGUAGUAGUUUUUAGCCUAAUUAAUACACAUAUACCUACAAAGUAUCUUUGCCUAUUGGUGUUUAUUUUUGGUUUAAUAAAGCAUUUUUUGUCCACUAGUU